AUGAAACUUGUCCCGAUGGCCCUGCCUCGGAGCCGAGUCUCUUGUUAUGCCUUUGUCCAGACGAGUCGACCCCCUCUGACGGACUAUAUCCAUCACUCAGUCAAUCACGCCGCAGUUCCCCCGUCCCGCUUUUUGUCCGUUCCAGGUUGCAGAAGCACCGAGACUCGGCCACUUGUCCUCGUCGGAUCAUGGCAGGGCGGGCACACAGACGUGGCGAUCUCACCUGCACUGCAAAAAAGCGAGGCCGUUAACAUUUCUUUAUCGCUGCUUGUCAGCCCUCCUCGGGGUGCCUAUGGAGACUGGCCGGUACGGCGGACUGUUAGAGUGUCAAGCAGAGCGAUACAUACCGCGAUAAACACACACACACACUUGUAG